AUGGAGCACAAAAAUGUGGAUCGGCCAAUGCAGCCAAUCACCUGCCAGACAAAGGUCAUCAUCGCCAGUGUCGCCAAUCGCAGCGGUUGGAUUUGCAGUGGCCAGCUGCCACUUCUCGCCAAAAUGAACAACAAAGCUCUGGCCCUCACACCUCCUAGACCUUCUCGACUCGCAAAGCUGACCUUUGACAACCCUGUGAUUGGCCCCAGGCCCCUCUUUGGCGAAUAA